AUAACGUGUUAGCAGCUAAUAUAAAAGGUGCAAACACAUCCAGGCCAAUUACGCAGUGCAGUGAUCAAAUUCAUUCGUCUAAAUAUGAAGGUUCUCGUUAUUUUUGCUCUCGCCCUUAUAGCUGUCCAAGCGGCCUCCGAUGAGGAACUUUGGGCUCAGUACAAGGUUGAUCAUGGAAAAACCUACCGUGACAUCAAGGAAGAACAACAACGAUUCGCCAUCUUCCAGUCCAGCCUGAGAACCAUCGAGGAUCACAACGCAAAAUACGAAAACGGCGAAGAGUCUUACUUCUUGAAAGUCACUCAGUUUGCUGACAUGACGCCAGAAGAGUUCCAAGAGUACCUAGCGUUGAACGCUCAGUCCAUGCCACAAGUAGGAGAUGAGGUUUAUGAACCAGAAGAAAGUCUACAAGCACCCGCGUCUCUCGAUUGGAGGCAGAAAGGGGCCGUCCUUGAAGUCAAAAAUCAGGGGGCCUGCGGGUCCUGCUGGGCGUUCAGUACCAACAUCUACGUACACCACUAUUUAUGUCUGACUAAUUCUUAUGUCACCAUUGACUGCGCUAUACUCCACUCCGCUCUGCCAGGAGACUCGCCCAACAGAUGGCGCCAAGAGAACUGUUACAAUAUUAUCUCUGACCGUAUUUUGAAAUCCUUACAUUUGCCGUCGUACCUGCAGACUGGCUGCCUGGAAGGCCAGCUGAUCAUCAAGCGCAACAAGAAGGUCUCUCUCUCCGAGCAGAACCUGAUGGACUGCUCUGGAUCUUACGGUAACGACGGUUGCGACGGAGGGCUGAUGACGAGCGCCUUCCAGUACGUCCACGAUAACGGCAUCAACAGCGAAGCUGAUUAUCCCUACAAGGGAAGGAAGGGCAGCUGCAAGUUCAACAGGAAUAAGAGCGUCACGAAAGUCGGCAAGAUUUACGCAGUCAAGAAGAACGAGGAUGCUCUCAAAGAAGUCAUCGCUUCCGUUGGUCCAGUUUCAAUUGGUAUUGACGCCAGCAGUCUGUCAUUUUACGGAGGUGGUGUUUUCAAUCCCAGCUCGUGCUCUUCAAUCGCAUUGAACCAUGGCGUACUGGCUGUAGGUUAUGGUAGCGCAGACGGCAAAGACUACUGGCUUGUGAAGAACUCCUGGGGACCGUCAUGGGGAGAGAACGGUUUCGUCAGGAUGAUCAGGAAUCAUAAUAACAAGUGCGGUAUUGUUAGCAUGGCUAACUUUCCCGACCUUGCUUGAACUUGGAUGCAAAUAAAGACAUGAUCAGAAUAUGAACACCUAGUUUACUUUCACGAGCCCUAUAUGUUUG